AUGGACGACACUGGAACAGAAAUAGGAGAGAUGGCUUGGAUGAAGUUGGAAGAAGCGUCGGACGAUCGCUCACAAGAUUCGGACGACGAGGAAAACGGUGAAACAUACAAGGAUAUCCUGACAAGAUUGCAGAUUCGUCCUGAAUCACAAGAAGAAUUCUUUGACAUGAACAUCUUGCCGUGGCGCAACAAACAUUUGAAGGAACUUCGGCGUGGUGGUGCCACAAACAUACGCAAGCUCUCUAAGUUGUUUCUAACAGCCAUGGGACAACUUACUUGGUUAAACAAAAGAGAAUGGCUUCUGACAGCUGAGGAACUCGAAGAAGGUGAAGAACCGCUGUACUACAAAUUGCCACGAGAACGCAAGGAAGGCGAUCAUGACAGGUUCUUCGCUAUCUUGGACAAUCUCUGGGAGCGUAUGCGCAGCAGGAUCUUCGAAACUCAGCCUCCCACCCCAGUCGACUUUACCGACGCAGACUCUAUAGCGUUCACUAACCCCACAAACACACGGCAGCACCAUCGAGGAAAGGUGGGAGUACCUGGGUUUCAGCCGAACGACACUCAAUUGAGAAUUCCGCCAGUCAAACCACCACGCUUCCGAAAGAGAGGCCGUUCAUGGAACAAAGAACGACAAAAUACACGAAAAAGACGAGUCCAACAGCCUAGCUCUAAGGAAAAGAACGCACGCCCGGGUGUGAUGACGGCUGGACAAACAGAAGAGGCUAUCCUGAACAUCAUUGUCGAUCUACACGAGACGCGAGCAAACAGCCAUCCGGGCAUAUUCGCACGUCUAUUCCAACAGCACUUGGCACGUUUAGAGGAGAUUGAAUACAUCGAUGAACUAGGUCCGGGAGUAGUUGGUGCCAGCAGCACAGCGCCAAAAGGAGAAGAACCAAACCAUACUCGAGCUAACCCGGCAGGCGAACCUCAGGAUAAUAUUGUCUCUGAUAGCUCUGAGGAUGAAGCGAUGUCAGAUACGUCCUUCCACACUGCGGAUGACGAUGACAGAAAAGAAGCAUGGCUAUAUCCAGCUGAAAGAAAUUCAAUGCUAGCCGGCCAUGAGAAAUUAUCAUCACGGGCACGAGGGAAUAAAAACAUAUCUAAACCGCAGCCGACAAACCCAGCACGAAAGCCACUGCCAGACUCAUCAAGACACACUCAACCUCAACCAAGCUCCCAAGCUGUGCCUCAACUUCAAGCCCAAGUACAUGUACACCAGCCGAAGGAAAUCCAAACAUCUCAACCACUCCACCUCCCUCUCACAUCCCCACAAACACUCCUCACCCCUCCCACCACAACUCAAAGCUAUCUCAUCAACCCAACCCUCCCCGAAAUGCUCACAACAUACAUAACACCAUUCUCCUACUCCUCAGGCUCACCACAGCCGUAUAUCUGGCUUGAUGCUCCUGUCGUCGCGGGCUCGUACGAAGCCUUUAGAGCUGGAGUGUGUCUGCGUGCGAAUGUGCCUGAGGGUGUAGGUAGGGAUAAGGUCGGCAUGGUGCUGGCGUAUGGGUGGAAUGAUUUGUGUCGGCUAGUAAGAGGGGAAGGUGAUUGGAGAGAAUUUGUUAUGGCUGAUUUGAGACAGGCGGCGAGGAGAGGAGUGACGGUUUGGAGGGUGAGGGUUUGUUGUGUUGUUCUAGAUAGCAGGCGGUAG